AUGCAUCACCGCAGAUUUCACGCUGUCAAACAACCUUUUUGUGUUGUUGCAACUGGCGCAAUAAUUAUACGACAUUAUGUAGACUACAGUUCCCAUGUUCCCCAGCCCGGCAAUACUACAAACAGCAACAUGGCAGGUGGCUUUCUGAAGAAUGCAUGGAAUAAGGAGCCAGUGGUAUUGGCCGCCUGUGCAAUUGGACUUCUCGCCGUUACUGUUCCAUUAGUGAGUCCCUUAACGAAGUACUCGGGCAUGAUGAAUGCAGCUGUGCCAUACAACUACCCAGUCCCUGUGCGAAACAAUGGCAAGAUGGAUGAUGUCCCCAGCCACCCUUGUGACCCUAAAGGACCAAACCUGGACUGGAUUAAAAGCCUGUAACCGUCCACAUUCUCUUCCCUGUACAGACCACAGCCCGUUGUUCCUGUCUCUCUGUGUCUGCUUCUCAGUAGAUGGCCCUCAAUAAAGAGGAUCUAUUUAAUACCACCAACUUUGCUCUUGGAUUCUGUUGGUAUGUUUGAUGUCAAUAUGAUUUGGCCAUUUUAUGAAUAUUGUAGAAUGUGUAUUGUAUCUUGAAACACAACACAUAUUUUCUUUUAAAUAAAAUGACUUAUUCAAAAGCUA